GAGCAGUGACGUCAUAGCUUACAUUAUUUCAUUGUGGAACAGGAAGCCAUCUUUGUUUUUUAAGCCAACUAACCUGAACGGGAAGAACUGUGUGUGCUAUAAUAUAGCAUAGAAAACAAGCUAGAUUGGCACUGUAGAACCGUUCCCGUAGGUGAUAGUCUUGUCACAUACAUCCAGAAAGCAGAAGUGUGUGUGUGUGUGUGUAUAUAUAUAUAUAUAUUUAUAUAUAUACUUCUAUAUAGAUAUAUAUAUGUAUAUAUAUAUAUACACGUACCUACUCAGUGAUAGUAGUGUCCAUUAUCGAGAGUAAGCUGUAGUAUAUGCAGCAAUAAUAGCGUAUCGCCACUCGAAUCACCACCACUUCUCACAGCCUCUUUAUCCUUUACGUUGGUCUAAACAAAACACCAAACAAAAAUAUUUGUUCCAUUGAAUGCUUUCACGAAAAAUGUCUACAAUGAAUCCAGAGUAUGAUUACCUUUUCAAAUUGCUUCUUAUUGGUGACUCAGGAGUUGGAAAGUCUUGUUUGUUAUUGAGAUUUGCUGAUGACACAUACACAGAGAGCUAUAUUAGUACCAUUGGAGUUGAUUUUAAAAUCCGAACCAUAGAACUUGAUGGCAAAACUAUUAAACUACAAAUAUGGGAUACGGCUGGGCAAGAACGCUUUAGGACUAUCACAUCAAGCUACUAUAGGGGAGCACAUGGAAUUAUUGUUGUGUAUGAUGUUACUGAUCAGGAAUCCUUUGUUAAUGUAAAACAGUGGUUGCAAGAAAUUGAUCGUUAUGCCAGUGAAACUGUAAAUAAGCUGCUAGUCGGGAAUAAAUGUGAUCAAAACCCCAAGAAAGUAGUGGAUUACACUACAGCAAAGGAAUAUGCAGAUUCACUGGGUAUUCCAUUCCUGGAAACUAGUGCAAAAAAUGCUACUAAUGUUGAGCAAGCCUUCAUGACUAUGGCUGCUGAGAUAAAGAACCGGAUGGGUCCGGUUACAUCUGCCUCGGACAAUAAAUCGAAUGUCAAAAUUAACAGCAGUACUCCAGUCAAGCCCUCUUCUGGGAGUUGCUGCUGAGAAAAAGGAAAACUUGCGGAAAAAAAAUGAAAACAUGAAGGCAAGGCGAAUUGAGGCUUCAAAACGAUUGAACAAGCUACAGACAACCCAAACAAUCAUUGUAAAUUUAUACAUAGUUGGGGAGACAUGAAAAUAUAAAUGCAAUCUAAUAACUUUGUCGAGAGGGACCUUUUCCUAACAAUCUUUUGUUUUGUUUCUUUUUUUUUUUUUUUUUUUUUUUUUUUUUUUUUUUUUUUUUUUUCUCUGAUUUAUCAUAUUACGCCACAAUGGUUAAGGAGAAAUUGACUUUUCAUCCAAACUUGGAAUGUCUGUUGGAAGUGCCUGUUCAGUUUAAUUUUUUGCCAGCUUUUCCUAUUUCAUCAAGUUGUUAAAGAAGUAUCCAUUCUUGAAAUGAACAUUUCAUCUUGCUUUCUGCAUUCAUUCAGAUGGUUUUAUUCUGUUUAUUGCUACCCACAAACUUUCACAAUAUCUAUGAAAAAUAAAAUUACAUGUGCAAA